CACUGGAAAGUAGAAAGCCUUUAUGACAAUAUUAAGGUACUCCACAAUCUGGACAAGCUGGUCUUCUCUUGGUUUUGCCAAAAUAAAUCAGAUUGAAUCUCUUGCAGGAAAGACAAUAAAUAACUUCUGCAGUGUUGCCUGGGAACUAGUGAGAAUUACUUCAAGGCUUGUGAUAUUGUGUUGAAUUGUAGAAUAAGUUGAAGAACAUUUGAAAUGUAAAUUUGUGGCCUACAUAGGUGUCAUGUUUAUUAUUAGGCUGAUAAUUUAUUACAGAGAGGAGAAGCCCACUCGGGAUCAUCCUGAAAUACAAUGUUUAAUAUUAUUUGAGCCACUAUUAAAAGUGAGCAACAGAAGAAUUCUCUCUAUUAUAGUAGUUGAUUGUUUAUAGGCCAGUGCACUUGUUCUCUCAGUAUUAGUAGUACUACAGGCAAGUUAACCUAAAUCUGCUUUUAGAAAAAAAAAUCGCUCUUCUUUUGGUGGGGAAAUCUUCAUGUGCACUGCAGAUGUGUUUAAGUCUCAGUUGCUUGAGGAAGGAGUGAGAAUAGUUAAGUCAUUGGGUAGACGUUUGAUGUCUAGAGAAAAUGAGUAGAGCGUUGUUAUUCAUGGAAUUUUCUUUGAAGUAGGCUAUACAUGGAUUUAGGAAAUACAAAUUUAGGGAAAGACUGAACACUGGGAUGGAGAGUUUGAAAUCUAUCAUUUGGAAUCUGCAGUCCUAAUUUAUAAUUGUUUUGAAUUAUGCAUAAAAACACCGGCAUAACGAUAAGAGUUGUAGUUGGCCACAUGAUGUCACUAGGCUUCUACGCUUUUGCGUGUUUUUUUUUAAUGCUCCGCCUUUCACGAGGCAGGGCAAUCUCUCUGCUGGUCAGAUGGCUUUGUUUAGAAUACGCCAUUGUGCUUAACUGCUGUUUAAACGCGGACAAAAUACAUUUUCGGAACUAAGGGAAUGGAUUUUUCUAUUAUUUUUUAUUUUUUUUGACAGAGCUAUUGUAUUGCCCUAAAAUGGCUGCAUCAACGGGUCAAAUAUUUCAGUCGUGGAUAUGUUAUUUUCUACUGCUUAAUUUCUGGAGGUUUGUAAAUGGACAGAUUGUCUAUCAAAUAGCGGAAGAAUCAACCCCAGGCACAGCAGUCGGAAAUUUGGCAAAAGAUUUCAAUCUAAACGUUCAGGACCUUGAAAGCCGAGGAUUCCACAUUGUUAGCGAAAACUAUGGCAGGUAUUUUGAUCUUAAUCGGAAAACCGGCAUUAUUAGUGUUAAAGAAAUUCUUGAUCGAGAAGAGCUUUGUGAACGUAACAUACACUGUUCUAUAGCGCUAGAAGCUGUCGCUAAGUCACCGCUGAAUAUUUAUAGGUUUGAGGUGAACGUUUUAGAUAUUAACGACAACUCACCAGUAUUUCGGCAGACAGAAUGGAUGUUAAAUAUUUCAGAGUUAGCUGCUCCAGGGGAGAGAUUUGCUUUACCGAGCGCGUAUGAUGCAGACGUGGGAAGUAAUUCGGUAAAGAGCUACAAGCUGAGCCAAAAUGAACACUUUUCGCUUGAUGUACAUAGCGGAGAGCAGAGCGUAUCAGCUGAAUUAAUUCUGCAGAAAGCUUUAGACAGAGAGAAACAGUCUGCGAUCGACAUCACACUGACUGCUGUGGAUGGAGGAAAACCUCACAGAUCUGGAACGAUUCCUGUUAUUAUAAAUGUGGUAGAUGUUAAUGAUAACGUUCCGGUGUGCAGUAGAUCACUCUAUAAAGCUCAAGUUAACGAGAAUGCUUCACCAGGUACUCCCGUAAUUACUGUGCAUGCCAGUGAUUUGGAUGAAGGCGUUAACGGCGAAAUUACCUAUUCGUUUGUUAACCACGACAGUGAUCAAAAUCUUAACGCGUUCUCAAUAAAUCCAGAAACCGGUGAAAUUGUAGUGAUGGGUGAUGUAGAUUAUGAAAAGAAAAAUGCGGUUGAACUUCGGGUGCAGGCAAAGGACAAAGGUAAUAAUCCAAGAGCGGCAAUGUGCAAGAUUCUAGUAGAAAUCAUUGAUAUUAACGAUAACGUUCCGGAAAUAUUUGUGACCUCAUUAGUUGACAUUAUUAAGGAGGAUACACCGGUUGACACAAUGGUGGGAAUGAUAACUGUUAUUGAUAACGAUGCUGGCAAAAACGGUAAAGUAACCCUUAAAAGUCUUGGAUCUGUCCCAUUUAAGAUUCAAAAGUCAUACAAGAAUUAUUACACAUUAGUUGUAAAUGGACCUCUCGACAGAGAACGUGCGUCUCAGUAUAACGUCACUAUCACAGCUACUGAUGAAGGGACUCCAUCUCUAUCCAGCACGACUGUCAUUACUGUACAGGUUUCUGAUGUGAAUGAUAAUGCGCCAUGCUUUACUGAGCCAACUAUUAAUGUGCAUGUAAAAGAGAACAGUCAGGUUGGAUGUGUUAUUUAUACAGUAUCUGCAUUUGACAAUGAUGUUGCAGACAAUGCUAGAAUAUCAUAUUCAUUGCUAGAAGGCUCGCGAAAUGUUCCUGUGUCAUCCAUGGUAAACAUAAACCCUGACAGUGGAGAUAUUUACAGUCUGCAGUCAUUUAACUAUGAGGAGAUAAAAACAUUUCAAUUCAUAGCACAGGCCACAGACUUUGGUGUUCCUCCACUGAGCAGUAAUGUUACUGUGAAUGUUUUUAUACUGGAUGAGAAUGACAACAGUCCAGGGAUUCUCACUCCCUAUUCCGAACAUGGAUCUAUUCACACAGAGAAUGUUCCAUAUUCUGCUGAAGCAGGCUAUUUUGUGGCCAAGAUCAGAGCUGUAGACUCAGAUUCUGGAUAUAAUGCACUGCUUUCUUAUCACGUAUCUGAACCCAAAGGAAACAACCUUUUCUGGAUUGGAACCAGCAGCGGAGAGAUCAGGACUAAAAGAAGAAUGAGUGACAAUGACCUGAAAACUCACCCACUGGUCAUUUUGGUUUCUGAUAACGGAGAGCCCUCACUGUCAACCACUGUGUCUAUUGAUGUUGUGGUUGUUGAGAGCACAGGGGACAUAAAGACUCAAUUGAAACCAACACAGAUAAAGGAGGAUAGUUUCUCCGAUUUAAACAUGUACUUGUUGAUUGCCAUUGUGUCAGUUUCAGUGAUAUUUUUACUGAGUCUAAUCAGUUUAAUAGCUGUAAAAUGCUGCUUGACAAGUGGCAGUUUGAGCAGAUACAGCGCCCCAGUGAUUACCACACAUCCUGAUGGAAGCUGGUCUUACUCCAAAUCUACUCAGCAAUAUGAUGUGUGUUUUAGUUCUGAUACACUGAAAAGUGAUGUAGUGGUAUUCCCUGCCCAAUAUCCACCUGCAGAUGCUGAACUGAUCAGUAUAAAUGGAGGAGACACCUUUAACCAAACACAAACACUCCCUAAUAAAGAGAAGCCCAAGGCUCCAAAUGCAGACUGGAGAUAUUCAGCUUCUCUCAGAGCAGGAAUGCAAAGCUCGGUCCAUAUGGAGGAGUCAUCUGUGAUGCAGGGGGCUCAGGGCGUUCUGGUCCAAAAUUGGCCUACUGUCUCCAGUGCUCCUGAUAAUGAGGGUGGUGAGGUGUCUCCUCCUGUAGGCGCUGGUGUGGACAGUAACAGUUGGCAUUUUCGGUAUGGUCCAGGCCCUGGUAUGCCCCCCCAGCAUCUGAAGCCAGGUGAAGUUCCGCCUGAAGCCUUCAUCAUUCCUGGCUCUCCUGCCAUCAUCUCCAUCAGACAGGGGCAGGACGGUGAUGAUAAGAGCGACUUCAUCACUUUUGGCAAGAAAGAGGAGGCCAAGAAGAAGAAAAAGAAGAAGAAGGAAAAGGAGAAGAAAGACAAGAAGGAGAAAGGGAAAGAUGAUGAUGACUAGAAAGAGUUAUUAUACACACACAACCACACACACACACACACUCACAGACAUAUAAGACAGAGAUCUCAACAGGGUUCAUGACGGAACUGAUUAACAAGGUUAUGGGUGAGGACUAUUAGAUAAUUGUUUUGUUUAUUUUCUUCAUUUAUGAACUAAAGCAAAUAUUUUAUUUUGAGUCAUGAUGUCUGUCUGACUCAACAUGAAGUGUCUAAUUAAGAUCAUUUAUAAUUUCUCUGUCUCACGCUACCAAAAUUAGCGUUACAUAACUCAAUUCACGUUAAUCAAAUUAUUGAUUAGUUUUCCUCCAUGCUCACAGUGCCUGACUACCCAAUUUUCUCAAAAGACAACCGUGAGAAAUAAGUAGAUUACUGUUGACACCUCUGUCUUAUUUAUCAUUGUGAUUUCAGUUUUCUGUUUUCAGAAAGGAAGUCAAAAUCAGACUUAAGAAGGUUAAAAGCAGUACACCACUUCUGAUUAUCAAGAAACGUAUCAAUAAUUUAAAAAAGGAAAAAAGAUGAACAAUUUGGGAACAGAAAAGGAAAGGCUUUGAUAUAGGAAGUGGGGUUUAUGCUAGUGUAAAUAUGGUGCCAACAGAGAAGUUGUGUGCCAUGUUGUAAAGACAAACUGGUUUACUAAUAAGAGACAGUGCUAAACUAAUGCUUCUGCUUGCUCUGCUUCAUGUCUGUGUCUACACUAUGGAGAGGUAUUUCAAAUGAAUAAGGAACAUGUGGACACACUCACCUGACACCCAGCAGCAUAAUAAAAAAGAAAGAUAAAACAGUGGUGAAUGGUAAAAUGCAAGCACAUUACGAUUACCAGCACUCUCUCCCAGUCAUUAUAAGCGCAUUAUCUAAAAAUUUAACACUCAUGCACAUGCUUGUACAGGGUCAAAAGAUAACACUCCACUAAUGAUAAAUCCCCUUUUGUUGUACCUAUUUUUUUUUUUUUUUGCUUCAGAAAAUUUAAGUAUGUGAUUCAGCACAGGGCAAAAAUGGAUGAACUAAUGUCUGGCAAAAGUUAAACACUGAAAGGUAACAGAAACUUGGUGCAUGUAGUGGUGACAAUUAAAGCUACAUAAACAACAAAGAAUGAUUAGUGAAUAAAGGAAAAUGUGGGUGGUAUUGCUUAGAUGGGUAGCUGAUAUAGUUGUACAAUACAUGUAAAAAAAAAAAAAAGAAAAAAAAACAGUGUUAGUGAUAAUGUACACAACAUGCAACAUUCCCUGAAAACUUUCAGCGACCUGAAGCAUAUGCUCUGAAUGUUUGGUAUCGCUGCCCUUGAGCUUGUUUUUUUUAUUUUUUAUUAAUCCUUAAACUCAGAUCUUUAAUCCUAUUUUUGUGCCUGCUUUCUCAUCUAACAUGAGGAUGUGGUGUAUGGUUUUGUCCUGUACAAAAUACCUUUGCCUUUCUGGUUGGAAGGCUAAGAAAUGUUCAGCUAACUUAGAUAACAAAUUAGCCUGACUCUUGUGUGUUGUUUUAGCAAACAAAAAUGUUUUUUAAGAUCUGUUUUAUAAGCUUUAAUUGAUCUGUAUUGCAUUUGUACAGCACAUCUUUUGCUCUCUCUCUGACUCUUUCUACCCUGGCUUUAUGCUCUGUUCUGUUUUGAAUGUUAAAUAGGCCAGCUCCAGUCAUUGUACUGCACCCAGUACACUGAACAUCACUCCUCUCUGUGUGUAAGUGUGUGUCACCAGUGAACAGUAUAAUGGAUGCUGGUCCUUGUAUUCCACUGCUUGUAUUUGUCAAAGGGUAGAUUGGAGAAAACAGAAGGGAGAGUCAAGACAUGGUCAGGGGAUGGAGUUUAACCAGAGCAUGACAUGAUGUGAACUGGCCAAAGUACUGAAUUGCCAGUAUUACCUAUUUGAAAUAAAAAUUUUCCCUGUUGCUUUGCAUUGGAAAUUGGACUAAGAUGGCCACUGAAUAAUUGCAGUACAAAGUCUAGGAAUCAAUAGACUCCACCCCAGAAUCCAGUCUUUGCACUGAAAGCUUCAUGCUUCUGCUCCGUUGGAUCCCUCCCCCUGUCUGUUUACACUGUACAACCUCAUGACUUAAACCAAUGUCACAGUGGCUCAGCUGUGACUGCUGCAUGACCUAACCAGAAGGAAACUCUUACUACAUAGAUAUAUAUGAAUAUAGAUAGAGAUUGCUAUAAUUUUGCUAUUUUUGUUUAUGAUUUGUAUCCAUUACAUUUAUCAGAGAUUUGCGUAUUGUACUGUCUCUGCCAAGCCUUUGCAUAAUGAUAUUUUCCACACCCACUCAGAGUGUACAUCUACCAUGUUACUAAGCCUUCUACUUAUUUGUAACUGCUUUAUAGUGUGAUGCCCUAAAGCUCCUGCUCAAUCUAAUGUUCUUUUGGUUUUGUUUUUGGAAACUAAAUGCGAAGAAAAAAAAACACAUUUGUGUAUGGCUUUGACAUACUGAUCUAACACUUUAUUAUUGUAACUAAAUUACUAUGUAUGACAACACUAUCUCUUUUCCUUCACCUUUCCCUUUGAAGGAUAAAAAGCUUAAUGAAAAUGUCAAAAAAAAAUGAUGUAAAAUACAGUAUAUGUAGUGUAUGCUUGUACCUAGUGAGCGUUCAUACCAUCAUUAUUUCUCAGUGUCUGGUAGUGGUCAGUAGGUGGUAAAGCACUGUCCAAAUGGGCAGGGCUCAUCUGUUGUAUCUUUUGUACACCUGCUCAUCAAACUGUGACAGUGAAGUAGUAAAAUCCAUUUCUCUCUUUCUCUUUUCUAUUUCAUUUUGAUGAACAAGGUGGUACAGUGUUUUGUUUAAUAAAUCACCAAAAAAUAAAUAAAGUUUGCUUUCUUAAUAA